AUGGAGAAAGUUUCAACUAGCUCCAGUAACAAAAUUACAACCAAUAGCGGUAAAACCGUAUAUGGUUCUAAGAAUACUAGUUCUAAAUUCACAUGUUAUUUAUGUUUUGUAGCUGUAUUUGGAGCACUCGGUGGCUUUUCGUUUGGAUAUGAUACUGGGGUUGUUUCAGGGGCAUUACUCUUUAUACGGACAGAAUUCGAAUUAGAUUCAUUUGACCAGGAAGUACUUGUAAGUGUUACUAUAGCAACUGCCAUGAUCACAGCAUUCAUGUCUGGCUACCUUGGUGAUAAAAUUGGAAGAAGACCCUGUAUGUUAAUUGGUAGUUUUAUCUUCACAGUUUCUACAAUAAUAAAUGGAGUUUCUAAGACUUACUGGAUGUUAUUACUUGGACGUGGUUUACUAGGCAUUGGAAUAGGAGUAAUUUUAAUGAUAUCACCAGUUUAUAUUGCUGAAUGUUCACCUGUAGAGUACAGAGGACCAUUGGUGACACUAUGUACUGGUAUGAUGACGAUAGGAAGGACAAUAGCCAGUAUUGUAGAUGGCGCGUUUAGUUAUGAUAAGACUGGAUGGAGGUACAUGCUAGGCCUAACUGGUGUGCCAUCAUUAAUACAAUUCAUAGGAUUCCUAUUCCUGCCCGAAACCCCUCGUUAUUUGGUGCGGAAAGGCAAGGAAGACAUGGCGACACACGUUCUACAGAGGAUUCGAGGAAGAGCUGAUGUUUCGGACGAUAUUAAACAAAUUAAAGAAAUAUGUCAGCAAGAAAUAAAACGCAAAGAACUCCAAGGAAACGAAUGGACACUGAAGAAGAUAAUGCUCACACCAUCAGUUCGCAGAGCACUUAUAGUUGGAGUUUCUACAUCUUUAAUUCAACAACUUAGUGGCAUAAAUGCAGUUAUGUACUACAGUAGUACUAUCAUCCAAAUGUCAGGUGUGAGAGAUGAAAUAAUGGCAAUAUGGCUGACUGCUGUCACUGCAGGCGUGAGCUGUAUUUUCACAUUAUCAGGCAUUUAUCUUGUGGAAAAAGUGGGCAGGCGGAAACUCAUUUUAAGUAGCCUUGCAGGUGUUCUUUUAAGUUUGAUUGUUUUAGCUGUGGCCUUCCAGUUGUCUGAAAUUAACUCACCAGAAGUUACUUAUAGUGAGGACCUUAACAAUACCUGCUCAUCUUACAGUUCUUGUGCAACGUGUAUCAAAGAACCAGAUUGUGGAUUUUGUUAUAUAGAAGACGGUUAUUCUGCCAUAAAUGGUUCAUGUGCACACAAGUUAGAUACUAUGACAGCUAAGCAUGGUAGAUGUAACUCUACGGAGUUAUCAGAUGGCUUAAUCUGGGGAGCAACAUCGUGUCCUUCUCAAUAUUUUUGGAUGUGCUUAUUAGGACUAUCUUUAUAUCUUAUAACGUUUUCUCCAGGCAUUGGUCCUUUACCGAUGACAAUUAACUCAGAGAUAUAUCCUUUGUGGGCCAGGAGUACUUGUAUGGCGAUUGCAUCAUCAGCAAAUUGGUUAUUUUCAUUGGUCAUUUCAUUGUCGUUCCUGACUCUGACGGAUAGUGUUGGAGCUUAUGGAACUUAUUGGUUAUUUGCUGCUGUGGUGGUGCUAGGAUUUAUCUUUCUUUUCUUCACGUUACCAGAAACGAAAGAUAAAAAAUUGGAGGACGUUGAAUCUUUAUUUGAAACGCCUUGGUGUAGCUGUGGGAAAUCUGGAUCUUUAGAGAUAAACAAAACAACGAACAAACCAGUUUGA